AACGAAAGCUUUGGCUAUUUUGUUCUCUCGCAAGUCGCAACUGAUUUCGAAAGCGGAGUGAGAGUGAUCGAGAGAGAGAGAGAAACAGAGAGACUCGAAACCCUAAUUAUCUGUUUUGUUGCAGGGGAAAAAGCUGUGAUUCCUCAGCCAAAUCGGUGUUUGUAAUGGAGAAAGCGACUUAGUUUCUCUUUGACGGUUCGUUGUCUGUAAACGGAUCUUGGUUGUGUUUUAUUGGUGGAGACGGGAAUUUCGCUUGGAAGUAACGAUUCUUUCCUUGUGUUCGAGAAUCGUUAUUGUUUUCCUUUGGCUUUUGUUGUGUUUUUUUCUCCUUCGUGUACUGUCGCAAUCUUCAGGAUUUUUUUGGGGAUUGCUUAUUCGUAUCUGAUUCGAGAACGAGCGGAGGAAAUGGUUAGAAAUGGUGAAAUCCUCUGUUUCAAAACAUUCUAACGAUAUUCUUUCUCUGGUUUUCUUGUGUUCGAGUCUUGGAGCUUAGAAGCUUAGAAUCGUUUUGAUUCUACUAGCUCUGCUUUAAUUUCUUUCUUGACUGGUAGUCUCUCGUACUGUGUCGUUGAAAAAAGAGAAAGGCGAUGCUUUUUAUAAUUUCUGUAGGGGUAGUAGCUCUUUUUGAUUCUAGAUAGCGUAGAAAGUUCUGUUCCUAGUCUUUGUCCCUAAAAUGUUCGAGUUUCUCCCAGAGUCAGAUUGUGAGAACGGUUUCGAAACUCUUAAUUCCAGUCAGAGUUCGAUGAGCAGCGAGAGUUGCAGUAGCUUAGGGCGUUUUUCGUUUGAUGCUCUUGAAAUCCCUUCCAAGACGUCUUCUCAGUCUCCAGAGAAUCUCAACUUGAAGCCCCACAGGUCUUCGGAUUCUGCUUGGGAAGCCAUACGCUUAGCUUCUUCUAGCCGGAAAGACGGCUUGAACUACAGAGAUUUCAAGCUUGUUCGUCGUAUUGGGAGUGGUGACCUUGGGCACGUUUAUCUCUGUCGUCUCAGUAGCUCCUGCACUGGCGAAGGUAGCUGUUUUUACGCCAUGAAAGUGGUGGACAAAGAAGCACUGACAUUGAAGAAAAAAAUUGAGAGGUCUGAGACUGAGAAAAGAAUUUUGAAGAUGUUGGAUCAUCCAUUCUUGCCGACUCUGUACGCUCAAUUUGAUGCUUCACAUUACUCUUGCGUGGUGAUGGAGUACUGUUGCGGUGGUGAUUUGCAUACUCUGAGACACAGACAGUCCGGAAAAUGUUUCUCAUUGAACUCUGCAAGGUUUUACGCGGCGGAAGUUCUUGUAGCCUUGGAGUACCUUCACAUGCUGGGAAUCGUCUACAGAGAUCUAAAGCCCGAGAACGUAUUGGUUAGAUCGGACGGUCAUAUUAUGCUCUCCGAUUUUGACCUCUCCCUCUGUUCUGAUGCAAUCCCAGCCGUUGAGUUUCCUGACCCUUCUCCUGACCCCACCUCAGUUUCUGACCUUCGGUCAACCGGCAAUGCACGUAAAGCUUCCUCACCCGGUUGCUUUCCCAAUCGGCUUUUCCGGUCACGGAAGGUACGGACGGUGGCAACCACCCGGCAGUUCGUCGCCGAGCCGGUGACCGCGCGGUCAUGCUCAUUCGUGGGAACCCACGAGUAUAUCUCACCGGAAGUUGCCGGUGGUAAAUCGCAUGGCAAUGCUGUGGACUGGUGGGCCCUUGGGAUUUUCAUCUACGAGCUGAUCUACGGUAGAACGCCAUUUUCCGGUGGGAACAACGAGGCAACACUGCGAAACAUCUUGAAAAAUCCCCUGGUUUUUCCGACUGGAUCUCCGUCGAGCGCGUCAGAAAUGUACGCUCGAGAUCUGAUCUCAAGGUUGCUGGUCAAAGAUCCUGGUCAGAGGCUCGGGUCAAAGAGAGGGGCAGCUGAAGUGAAGACACAUCCCUUCUUUAAGGGAGUAAACUUCGCUCUCAUACGGUCGUCCACGCCACCGGAAAUUCCCGGUCUCCGGCGAGUUAAGGCUACGUCAUCUUCGGAAUCCUGUAGGUAUACGAGGGAAUCGACAACGACGGCUUUUGACUUCUUUUGAGGUUCGAAUCGAAAGUGACGUGGUAUCAUCCUCGCCUUGUAAAUUCGGGACUUCUUUUACCUAACUGAUUAUAGGAAGAGGGGGAUAGGAUUGUCCUAUGUUGGGAAGCUUAGAUUAGUUUACAAACUUCAUAUGUAAACUAACCUUUAUAAGAAAUGAGAAAAUGUCUUUCAAGAUAGUUUUCAA